CUCCUCUUCUGGCUGGUUGAAUCCAGGCGGCCCAGUCCACUUGUGUGACUUCCACUGGGUGUUCGAGAGAGCGAAAACAAGCCCACGCAGCAGCUUUCCAUUUCUCACAAGCGCGAGAGCUCCGACCACUUGCCGCUUGGAGCGGCCGGGCACAACUCUCAUAAUGGCCACUUAGCUCGUAUUCUCACGGAAAGCAAACUUUUUUUUUUUUUCCCCGCCCUCAGCCACCUGUUUUCAUGUGUUUUAUGUGUUUGCGCUCGACUGUGAGGUAGCUUCAGAGUUGUUGGAAUUUUUUUUUGUUUGUUUUAAUUCCUUUUUGGUACGCUCCUGAGAGACACCGUCCCGUCCCGUGGCGUGGAUGUUGCUUUUCGACGCGGCUCCGGUAGUUUCUGAGUGGACGAGGAGCAUAUGUGCGGAGAUGCUGCUGCUGGUGUCCGUUCUGUGGCUGCUUCCUCUCAGUCGAGCUGCUCCUCCGCAGACCGAGCGCGAGGACACGGGGGUGGACUGGCUGAGCAAGUUUGGCUACCUCCCACCCCCUGACCCAGUUACAGGCCAACUUCAGACCAAGGAGGCCUUAACCAAGGCCAUUAAAGCCAUGCAGAAAUUUGGAGGACUCAAAGAGACUGGAGUCUUUGAUCAAGCUACGUUGGGCCUAAUGAAAACACCCAGGUGUUCUCUUCCAGAUGUGUCUGAAAGUGAAGUGACAGUGGGCCGCAGAAAACGUAGUCCGAGUCCUCCCAACAAAUGGAAAAAGCAGCAUUUAUCCUGGAGAGUGAGAACAUUCCCGAAGGACUCUGCCUUACUGGGCAGGGACACCGUUCGAGCUCUCAUGCACUACGCCCUGAAGGUCUGGAGUGACAUCGCGCCGCUCAACUUCCACGAGGUGGCAGGAAGCGACGCCGACAUUCAGAUCGACUUCACUAAGGCCGACCAUGAUGAUGGCUAUCCCUUUGACGGGCCUGGGGGCGCUGUGGCCCACGCCUUUUUCCCCGGAGAGAGGUUCACCGCUGGGGAUACGCACUUCGACGACGACGAGGCUUGGACCUUCAGGUCACCAGACUCUCACGGGAUGGACCUGUUUGCGGUCGCCGUCCACGAGUUCGGUCACGCCAUCGGCCUGGUCCAUACCUCAGCCAUGGAGUCCAUCAUGAGACCAUACUACCAGGGUCCUGUCGGAGACCCUCUGAAGUACAACUUACCGUAUGAAGACAAGGUCCGCGUCUGGCAGCUGUAUGGUGUCCGGGACUCUGUUUCCCACACGAAUCAGCCAGGCAACCCUUCCCAAACGGCCGAGCCUCCUGUCCUGAUGGACAUUCCAGAAAACAAAUCCGUUCUGCAACUGGCACGUGACGCUCCAGACAGAUGCACCAGCUACUUUGAUGCCGUGGCCCAGAUACGAGGGGAGGCCUUUUUUUUCAAAGGAAAGUACUUUUGGCGUCUCACUCGAGAGAAGCACCUGGUGUCGUUGCGUCCCGCUCAGAUCCACUGGUUCUGGAGGGGCCUGCCCGCCAACCUGGACGGCGUGGACGCCGUGUACGAGAGACCUGGUGACCAUAAAAUCGUCUUUUUUAAAGGUCUCAAGUACUGGGUGUUUAAAGACAACGUGAUGGAGGAAGGUUACCCGCGUCCAAUCAGCGACUUCGGCCUGCCUUUGGAUGGCGUGGACGCGGCUUUUGUGUGGCUCCACAACGAGAAGACGUACUUCUUCAAGGACGACCGCUACUGGCGCUACGACGACCACCUGAGGCGCAUGGAUUUGGGCUACCCUAAGGACAGCGCGCUGUGGAAGGGCCUCCCCCCCCACCUGGACGAUGCCAUGAGGUGGUCUGAUGGUUCAUCGUACUUCUUCAAGGGGAAGGAGUACUGGCGAGUCCCGAGCAGCGACAUGGAGGCGGAGGCGGACUACCCUCGCCUCAUCGCCAAAGACUGGCUGCUGUGCACUGACAUGCAAUCGGAUUCGCCUGGCCCGGAGGCCGAGAGCACCGAGAGCCGGGCCAACGCGCGCCCCCGCCCGGACCGCGCCGAGAACGGCUACGAGGUGUGCUCCUGCACCUCGGACGCCGCGUCGCCUUCGGGGGCCCGGCCCUCGCCGUCCCCCUUGUGGAUGCUGCCGCCCCUCUGGACGCUGUCGCUGGCCCUUUGCCCUUUACCGCUAUGAUGCCAAAAAAAAAAAAAAGGAUGAAAUUAUAUCAUAGUUUUUAUUUAUUGCACAAUCCUUUUGGCAGGUUCUUGUGGUUUUGGAGCUUUGAGAUGAAGAACUGCAAUCACUUUCAACAUUUUGGCCCCACAACGCAAAAUAUUUUCUUUGGAUGAGGGCCUUUUUUUUUUUUUUUUUUUGGGUACCAACACUGAGCCUCAACUGUAAUUUUCAUACUAAUAAGUCCUUUCAAGAAACACAUUUUAUUUGAAACUAAGAAUGAUUGGAUGGAUUUCAAGAGCGAAGAACUAAAGCAAAAUUUUGAUGAUGACAAAAAAGUCAACCGUUUAGAAGUCAAAUAUAUUUAAAAAAAAAUCAUGAACACAGUGGAAAAAAAGGGAUUUAACACAACCUGAUUUUUAUAUUUCUAAAUUUUUUACCCCAUUAGAAACAAUGGAUGUGUAAAUUUAAAUGUGCUUUUUAAGUUCUUAUCAUUUAAUCUGCCAUCCAUCCAUUUUCUUCACCGCUUAUCCUCACGAGGGUCGCAGGGAGUCCUGGAGCCUAUCCCUGCUGUCAACGGACAGGAGGCGGGGUACACCCUGAACUUGUCGCCGGCCAAUCUCUGGGUACAUAGAGACAAACAAUCACACCUUGGGACAAUUUAGAGAGUCCAAUUAAUGUUGCACGUUUUUGUUUUUUUUG